AUGUCUACUGAUCAAAAACAACAAAAUACUGCUGCUGCCACCACUACUGCUGCUAGCAACACUGCCGGAGAUUCCACACCAAAAACACCAUCGAUCGAUAGCUCAUUGUUCCAAAAAUACAUUGGUCAGACAUCGGGUCAAUACAAAGAUGGUAUCUUGGGACAAUGCUCUUUGUUUGCCAAGAUGUUCAUUCAGUUCUCAUCGGUAAGAUCGUUCGAGCCAACUGAGUUGUCAUCAAAGCAAGUCAAGAAGGAAUUGGCAUGGUUCGGUCUUGAUCAAGAGAAAGAGAAGCAAGAGAAGAAAGAAAAGAAGAACAAGGAUAAGGAAGACAAAAAGAAGUCAAAGAAGGAUAAAAAGAACAAGGACAAGGAAGAGAAAGGUAAGGAUAAGGAAGAGAAGGGUGGUGACAAGAAGGAUAAGAAAGACAAGAAAGAUAAGAAGGAUAAGAGCAAGGAUAAAGACGAAAAGAAAGAUAAGAAAGAUAAGAAAGAUAAGAAAGAUAAAAAAGAAAAGGGUGACAAGAAAGAAAAGAAGGAUAAGAAUCUUUCCAAGGAGGAAAAGAAGAAGAGCAAGGAAGAGAAGAAGAAGAGCAAGGAGGAGUUGAAGUCCAAGAGCAAAGAAGACAAGAAGAAGAGCAAGGAAGAGAAGAAGAAGGUCAAACAAGAGAAGAAGGAUGCAAAGAGAGAACUUGGAAUAACUGAAAAAGUUAUUAAACAAACACAAACUAUGUUGGAAAACAAUGAAAAAUCGAUUUCAAUGUUUGCUCCAUGUAUGCAAUUGGUCAAGUGUGCAGCAGAAGACACCGAAUGCAAACGUCUCAAGGAGGUAUCGAUGUUGAAGCUCCAAAGUGAAGCAUGUUUCUCACAGUAUCUCAGUAAAUUGAUCAACUGUCAACAACUUGGACUUGGUAAAUGUAUCACUCGUAACCUUGGUCUUGCCGUUACCUGUAAGAACUUGGCCGCCAAGUCAUCACCAUUGUCCAACUCUAUCUUUUCAACCAACUAUUAA